CCAGGUGCAUAACGAACAAGAAAGCAACAAUGGGCACUACUACAGUCAUGAGAUGCUCUUCCGGCAAUGCUUUCUUGAGAGCUCUCAAACCCAUUUCUCGAAAUUCAUACCUUCCCAAUUCACUUCCAUUCUCUUCAUCUUCAACGCCGAUCACCAAAGGUGGAUCAAGCUACUCUCACGGUGGUGGGAGAGCAUAUGAUGCAUUGCUGUUGGAUGCUGGAGGUACCCUCUUGCAGUUGACCAAUCCUGUUGCAGAUACUUAUGCCGCUAUUGGAUCCAAAUAUGGUUUGACUGUGAAUUCAGCUGAGAUAAAACAAGGAUUUAAGAGAGCAUUUAGUGCUCAGUGGCCUGAAAAACUACGUUACCAGGGUGAUGGAAGGCCAUUUUGGAAAUUUGUAGUUUCUGAAGCCACUGGUUGUGGAAACGAAGACUUUUUUGAGGAAGUUUAUGAGUACUAUGCAAAAGGUGAUGCAUGGCAUCUUCCAAAUGGAGCUUUUGAAACAAUGACUCUUCUCAAGGAUGCUGGAGUUAAGAUGGCUGUUGUAUCCAAUUUUGACUCCCGCUUAAGGAAGCUAUUGAAGGAUCUUAACGUUUUACAUCUAUUUGAUGCUGUCAUUAUAUCAUCAGAGGUUGGAUAUGAAAAACCAGACCCAAGAAUAUUUCAAGCUGCUCUAGAUCAAGUAAAUGUAGAGGCUGGCAAAGCCUUACACAUUGGAGAUGAUCUAAAAGCAGAUAAACUGGGGGCCAAUGCUGUAGGGAUAGAUUGCUGGUUAUUGGGUAUUGAUGUGAAGACAUUCUCUGAGAUACAAACCCGUAUCCUCAAUCCAGAGGCAUAAUAAUACUUAUGGCUGUCAAUAGACAAAACAGUGUCAGAUUUUUUUGUGCUGAUCACUGUAUUGUUGAGCUGAAAACUGAAAGCAAUACAAGGAGCCUGAUAGCUUAAUAUUUCAUCAUCACACUUUGUAAAUUUUUUAUCCAUGCCUAAGACAUAGCACCGAUUCAACUUUCUUCCUUUUAUGUUUUCACAAGUGAUUCAACUUUUCAUCAUCACAUUCAUAAAUGAGGGAACUCCAUCGACAAUAAGAGAUUUUUAUUUAAUGGGCACUAUUAAAAGUUUCACUUCAGAUUAUAUAUAGGCUAAAAAUGUUUAUAAUUGUUAUUUUACUAAUAUUUAUGAAAGUUUGUGAUAUAUUUAAAGAAAACUUUUUUCCUUUAGAUUUAUGGUAUAGUUUGGGAAUAAACUAUUAAUUCAAUGGCAAAUGCUAAC